GAAGUGAGGAGGACGAGAGGAAGGGUCUCUCCGUGGCAACCGGAUUCCCCCAAGGUUCCGCAUGGACCUUCCGCCGUUGCCCGGACAGUCAGACAGACCGCUGACCUCCCGACUCCCUGACAUCACCUUCUUGUUUCCUUCCCCUUGCCGCAGAUGCCGUGAGGUCACCUCCCGCCGCCACCCCGCCAUGGCGGAGGAGUGGGCCCCCCAGCUGGUGGACUACUUCGUGGUGGCCGGCUUGGUGGACACGUCCAAACCUCUGGAAGAUGAGAGCCAGCCGUGCCGUCCGGCUCGCCCGAACGAGCCCAUCGUUGACGUUGCCGUCAUCGUCCGCUCGCAAGGCGAAGAGGUGCCGCACGGCUUCACCUGCAUCGAUCGGACCAAUUCGGGGCACCCUGUGGAGAUCAACACCAGCCUGCUGAACAACCCCCAGAUGUUCAUCUGCUACCGGCGGGGGAGGGAUAAGCCCCCCAUUGUGGAAUUGGGGGUGCAUUAUGGGGGGAAGGACCAGCCCAAAGCAGGCUACAAACUGGUCGACACCACGCCCUACAGCCACUCGGCGAACCUGGCUUCGGGCGCGCCUGGACAUCAGCACACGUUCCUGACGUUCCGGCGGGCCAGCGAGGGUCAGGCGUACAGCGCCUUGGGGAUCACAGACAUCUGCCUUAUCAUGCCCAGCAAAGGGGAGAGCACGCCCCACACCUUCUGCCGGGUGGAGAGGAACCUCAACGCUGGGGUGUGGGGUCCAGCCCUCUAUAUCUGUUACAAGAUGGCGCAGUCUAAAGGAAACACCUUGGUGUACGAAGCGGGCCUCCUCAGCCGCUUCCCGGAGGAAGACAACGAGGUGUUCCCGCUCCCCGAAUCGGUGCCCGUCUUCUGCCUGCCCAUGGGGGCCACCAUCGAGAGCUGGCCGGCUGACACCAAGUACCAGCUUCCCGUCUUCUCCACCUUCGUGUUGACUGGCGCUUCGGGGGACAAGGUUUACGGAGCCGCCAUGCAGUUUUACGAGUCCUUUCCCCGCGACCGCCUCACCGACCGGCAGUCCAUGUGCCUCAACCUCCUCACCGUGGUCGACCGGCGCCCCAUCACCAACAAGUCCGUCCAGACCCGGAAGAGCAUCUGCGUCUUGUCUCACUGGCCGUUCUUCGACGUCUUCCGGAAAUUCCUCACCUUCAUCUACCGCUACAGCAUCUCGGGACCCCACGUCUUGCCCCUCGAGGCGCAUAUUUCUCACUUCAUGCACAACGUCCCUUUCCCAUCCCCGCAGAGACCUCGGAUCUUGGUUCAGAUGUCGCCCUACGACAACUUGCUCCUGUGCCAACCUGUCUCGUCCCCGUUACCUCUCAGUGGGGCCAGUUUUCUCACCCUCCUGCAGACUCUGGGCCCCGAACACGCCGUGGCCCUGAUGGUGGCCGUAUUGACCGAACAAAAACUCCUCAUCCAUUCGCUGCAGCCAGACGUCUUGACCAGCAUUGGAGAAGCUUUGGUCUCGAUGAUUUUCCCUUUGCGCUGGCAGUGCCCGUACAUCCCCCUCUGUCCACUCACCCUGGCCGAUGUGCUGUGUGCCCCCGUGCCCUUUAUCGUGGGAGUCCACUCCAGUUACUUCGACAUCUACGACCUGCCCCAUGACGUCAUGUGUGUGGACCUCGACACCAACACCAUAUUCCAGUGCGAAGAACGGAAGCUGUUGUCGUCGCGCGCUCUGCCACGGAAGCCGUGUAAAGUGCUCCUGGCCUCGUUAAACUCCCAGUACCAACAACUGGACGAAAUGUACAACCGUCCGGUAGAAGAGGCCUCCUUGGAAUUCCUGCUGACCGAUUACGAUGUCAUCUACGGACGCCGGAAACAGCUGGAACUGGACAUCCGAGGGGCAUUCCUGCGAUUCAUGGCUUGCUUGCUCAAAGGCUAUCGUGGUUAUCUCCGGCCCAUCACUCAGGCUCCUUCGGAGAAAACCCGGGAUUCCAGCAGUCUGUUUUUCCUGCAGGGCUUCCUGAAGUCCCGCGAUCGAGCCUACCACAAAUUCUACGGGCAGCUUUUGCGCACGCAGCUCUUCACGCAGUUCAUCGAAGAAUGCUCCUUCGUCAGCGACCGGCAUGCUUGCUUGGAGUUUUUCGACUCCUGCGUCGACAAGGUGCAGGUGGAUUUAGAGAAAGCGGAGGAAGCUCCUUUGAUUGAACUGGACGACACCCAGGGCAGCGAACACACUGUGUUUAUCAUGCCCCCCGAAGAACCCACCGGGCCCAACGGCUUGGAGCUGCCCCCAUGUUACAAAUACGACGGCUUUCCGAUGCUCCAAACCAAGCUGUUUCAACGGCCUCAGGACCAACUCAUGCCCUCCCUGUGCCAAGCCCGAACCAGCGCCCCCAGCAGCCCUGCCCCUCGCCGCACCCAGCAGGAAAUUAAGGUGGCCCAGAAAGUCGCGCAGAAAUAUUCUUCCAUGCCGGAAAUGUGGGCUAAGUGCCUGCUUGGUCACUGCUACGCUCUCUGGUUUAUCAUGCUGCCCGCUUACGUCCGAAUGGCGACCUCGAAGGUACAAGCUCUGCAUGUCGCAUACGAGGUGCUGAAACAGAUGGAGACCAAAGAGGUCGUCUUGCCGGACGAGGUGUGCUAUCGUAUCCUGAUGCAGCUGUGCGGUCAAUACGGGGAACCGAUACUCUCCGUCCAAGUCAUGCUGGAAAUGAAACGGGCCGGGAUCGUCCCCAACACCAUUACCUACGGCUACUACAACAAGGCCAUUUUGGAGUGCAAAUGGCCGUCCAGUAGCCAAGGUGGCCGUCUUCGCUGGGCCAAACUUCGGAACGUCGUCCUAGGAGCCGCCCAGUUCCGUCAACCCCUGCGCCAGCGCCAGCAGGAGGCCAAAUCUCAGAGUCUCAGCCGUUCCGCAGACAGCAAAGAGGCCACACCUCCCAAAUAUCAGCCCCGCAUCGGCCUCCAGAGGCAGACGACCUGGUCUGGGAGCAGCUUAAGAGAGCGUCUACAACCCACGCUCCCGAAGAGCGACAGCCUGAAUUUUCCCAAGCAGGACAUGCCAGCGGGCACAAUCCGGACAGGGAAAAUAUUGGACAGCCCCAAAGCUGAAAGCAAUAAUACGCUAUCAACACUUCCUCCCUCGCGCGGGGCGCAGGACGGGCCCAGAAGCUCGGAGGGCAGCAGUCUUUCAGACAUCAGCAGUUUCUUGAUGGAUGAGAGCGACCGGUUAACGCUGAGCAGUGUGGAGACCGGACAACAAGAGGGGGCUACUCCGGGGUCAGGCCAGGCUGCUGAAAACCGUCGCCUGGGGAGCACCCCUCGCCGGAGUCUGACCGCCAAACUUCAGCAGUUUCUGUCCCCCAUCAAGCGACCUUCUCUGAAACACGGUUCCAGCGGGGAGGUCUCCCAUGGGCGCAGCGGAUCUGAGCACCGAGAACACCCCUCUCACCAGAGUCCGCGGGAGGGAAACUUGCUGCUCCCCCCGGAGCGUCCAAGAUCCACAGCCUCGGAGAGUUCGGCCUCUCUGGGUAGCGAAUAUGAUCUCUCAGAUACAUCCGUCUGCAGUUUCAACCUCCGGAAAUCCAGUGAUCGGUUGUCGGAGCCUCCGGCAGUUGAGGUGCUGCUUUCCAGCUGCUCGCGAUGCCAGGCUUGCAACUCGCUGGUGUACGACGAAGAGGUGAUGGCUGGGUGGAGUUCGGACGACUCUAACCUGAACACCACCUGCCCGUUUUGCGGACGUCUCUUCGUGCCCUUCCUCAGCAUUGAGAUCCAAGAUUUCCAGAUGGUUUCCCUCAGCAAUGCCGAUGUUUCGGACACGAGUUCAGUGUCCUCGGAUUGGCCCCGGGACAACGAAGCCCCCAUGCCAGGCGGCCAGGGCCCGGUACUCAGUGAUCGGUCCCAGUGUCUCCUGUUGGAUGAGGCAGAACCGGAUCCGCGGCGGAAAUCCAGAAACGGGUCCCUGUGCAAUGGCUUCAGCGAAUCCCCGCUGCCUCAGGGUCCUGCCGCCCACGUGGAGCAGCUGGCUUUCGCCUACCUCAGCCCCCUGGUCCUGCGUAAGGAGUUGGAGACCCUGCUGGAGAACGAGGGAGCCGUCUUCCUAUCUCAGCCUGAGUUGGUGGACAACCAUCCCAUCAUUUACUGGAACCUGGUCUGGUAUUUCCAACGGUUGGGCCUUGGCAGUGGCCUGCCCCAGCUGCUCCUGGCUUCCAAGCACGUCCAGACGGCCUCCCAGGCAACGACUCCAGAGGGCCUUUUCGUCAACGUACGCUUGCUCUGGGACGUGCUGAGUUCCGAUCCUGACAGCUUUCCCCCUCUCUACGUUCUUUGGAGGUUGCACCGCCAGAUUCCCACACGGCUGCAGAAUUGGCGCAAGCAUAACCACCCGUUCUCGCUCUCUUUCCUGGAAGCGGUCAUUAAUUAUCUUGGCCUGGGCGAGGUCAACAAAGCCAUUGCCCUUUUCGUAGAAAAGGUGGCAGGCUACGCCAGCCCUGGGUUGCUGCAGAGGAGUGUUUAUCGCGAAUUUUUGUUCCUGAAAAUAGCGGCGCUGGGCAGGGAGCGUGUGGACAUUGCCGAAUUUGACAAGAAGUACAAAUCGGCUUUUUCGAAGCUGGCCGGUAGCAUGGGGAAGGAGCACCUCAGGCAGCAGAGGGCCCAGCCCCUCACCACCAAGGCCGUCGAUUGCCGGAAGAGUUUUGGGGCCAACCUGGAGUGCUAGCGGGAGGGGGCGUCCGGUUGCCCCCCCCCCCCCCCCAAACCCCAUGCAUCUCUCCCUCUCCUGCUGCUGCUGUCUGGGACAAAAGACAAAAAAAAAACCAAGGAUGACACUGGAGCUGAUACCAAAUUCGGGGAGGGGGCACCGCCUAGGCUGUUCCCAGCACCCCUGGGCCCUUCGGAGUGGGGGGGGGGAGUGUGUGUGCAGGGGGGUCCCAAAACGGAGAGGAGGGACCCUUCCUUUCACCCCUUGGAGCUGCUGUGUUGCCCUCUUCCUCCCAAGAAAUUGGGAGAGGGAUUGGGGGAGGGGGGAAUUUCCUGGCUCACCUCUGCACUUUGCACAUGCCUAGGGGCUCAGGCUCCCCCCACACACACACAUAGGCACCCCAAAUCUCUCCUGCCUUCCCCCGCCCCCUCCUCCCCCCAAAAAAUC